AUGGUGGACACAUCACCAACACCUAAAUGGAAAUCGACAAUGCCUCAAGUUUUGGCGACUAUGGCAAAAAAUCUUAUUUUGCUUGGAUACGGGAUGACUCUCGGUUUUCCAACCAUAGUUAUACCAAGCCUUCAAAAUUCUUCUCAAAAUGAAACAACAUCAUCAUCAUCAUCAUCAUUAUCGCUUACUGACGAAGAAAUUUCUUGGUUUGGUAGCAUAAAUUUAAUAACGGUUCCUUUGGGAUGUAUAAUAUCCGGAAUAGUAACACAACCAUUUGGAAGAAAACGUUCCAUGCAAGUUUUAACAAUACCAUUUUUAAUAACAUGGAUUAUGUUAUAUUUUGCAAAUUCAACAGCCGUACUUUAUGCCAGUUUAGCAUUGACUGGAUUAACUGGUGGACUUUUAGAAGCUCCUAUUUUAACAUACGUUGCAGAAAUAACACAACCACACGUCAGAGGUAUACUAUCAGCAUCUUCGUCAUUAUCUGUGAUAUUAGGAACUUUUACACAAUUUUUCAUGGGUAAUUUUUGGGACUGGAGAACUUUGAGUGCUGUAAAUACAUCAGCACCCAUAAUAGCAUUCAUAGCUUUGUGUUUCAUACCAGAGAGUCCACAUUGGCUAAUAAGUAGAGGAAAAUUAAAGGAAGCUCAAGAAGCUUUAGGUUGGCUUAGAGGUUGGGUCGAACCACAUAAAGUUCAAACUGAAUUUAAAAGUUUAGUUAAAAGCAUACGACCAGAUUUGCAAAAAAAUGAACCUGUAACUGUUGUUAGCGUCAUUGGAAAAACCGAAUCUGAUAAAGGAAAUAAAAUGGAAGAUGAAAUAUCAUUUAAAACAAACAACAAUUGUGUACCGAAUGUGGAUAAUUACAAGAAGAGAACUUUUCUUAUUCCAUUUUUUCUCGUUUGUCUUGCUUUUUUGACUGGACAUUUUUCAGGUUUGACUACGACGACCACAUAUGCCGUUAAUAUUUUUGGAACUUUGGGUGCUCCAAUUGAUAAAUAUUUAGCCACUUUGAUAUUAGGAGUUGCACAAAUAUUAGGAACAUUAUUUUGUGUCAUAAUGAUACAUUACACUGGUAAAAGACCCUUGGUUUUCCUUUCGACAGCAGGAGCUGCUGUUGUAUUUUCCUGCGUGGGAUUUUACGCUCACUUUUUCCUAGGAGUCGUAAAACUCGAUAAUGGAGCAUACAUAAAAGAACAUCCUGAUUUAGAUGGGUAUUCUUGGGUUCCCAUGUGUAGUUUAAUAGGUGGUUCAUUUUUCGCUUUCACAGCUCUUCGAUUACUCCCUUGGAUAUUGAUUGGUGAAGUGUAUCCUCCAGAAGUAAGAGGAUUUGCAAGUGGAGCAAGUGCAUCUGUAGGAUACAUAUUGGGUUUCGCAUCAAACAAAACAUUUUUCUCAUUAAUUAAUUUAUUAACUUUUCCUGGAGUUUAUUGGCUUUACAGUGUGUGCGGUUUGAUUGCCACCGUUAUUUUUUACUUUUUACUCCCGGAAACGGAGGGUUGGACGUUACACGAAAUUGAAGAUCAUUUUGCUGGAAAAAUUAAUUUAUUGUAUGCUGGAAAAAAGAAAACAUCUAAACAUCCUCCAGAAGGUAUUGAUAAUCCUUACAUUGUCGGAGAUGAAAUAUCAAAACUUUGA